UGUAGUUUCUCAAUGUGAAAGAACCUCAACAAAACGUCACUCUUAUCGUUCGCAGCAUCGGGUACGGCAGCCACAAGAGCCACGCCACCGUCACCGCCGGAGUCACCCUCACUGGAAGAAGAUAUGAAGGUGUUUAAUAUAAAUGAAGCCACACUUUCUCUUGCACUUUACACCGAUGUCACCAAUUCCAAGGAGCUCUUGGAAAGUAUGCAAGCUGGGACAUUGGAGCCAGAAGUUGCAUUCCUCAAUGCUUUACUUAUUCCAGAUGUUUUUCCUCUUCUAGCUGCUGCGCACAAGACGCUUGUAGCUAAGUCACGGGAUUCUUUGACCACACGCACUCUUCACUCAGAGCUUGUUUACAAUUACUCAGGGUCCAAGCAUAUUAGUGAAUCUUUGAAACGAUGUGGUAUCUCAGAUAACACGACGUACAUCCUUGCUGCUAGAUUUGAUGCUACUCCUGAUGAGAUAAAAGCCAUUGAGAAGCUCAUUAAUGGAAAAGAGAUUGAACUGGAGGAGCUGGAAGGAAGAGCAAACCAAUCCCAGAUACAAAAGCAUUACAAGCUAUCUGCCCCCGAACUUGGAGUUUCAUCACUUGCAGAUGCGAUAACUUGCCGAAUUGCUUCUCGUGAUGCCUUGUGAGAACAAUGACUGCGAUCUCCAUGUAUGUUACAAGUUUUAUGAUCUCUCAUUGAUCUAUUGUAGAAUAUUUAAAAGAAAGCUUUUAGCUUCGAAUAGGUACCUUACCUCUCGAUGUUUCCUACAUUUGAUAUUUAUUUUAAUCAAUCUUACUCGAGUUUCAGUAACA